AUGCGCCUUCUAAAACUUGACAGUCGUGGUGAGCUCAGUUUGACCAACGAUUUGAUCCAGGAUAUUCCAUGCUACGCAAUCCUUUCACAUACGUGGGGCCCGAAUGGCGAUGAGGUUACUUUCAGAGAUCUAGAAAAGGGAUCUGCUAAGAGAAAGGCUAGUUAUAAUAAGAUUCGAUUCUGUGGUGAGCAAGCUCAAAAGGAUGGCCUUCAAUAUUUCUGGGUGGACACCUGCUGCAUUGAUAAAUCAAGUAGCGCAGAGCUCCAGGAAGCGAUCACCUCUAUGUUUCGCUGGUACCGUGAUGCAGUGAAAUGCUACGUGUACCUAUCAGACGUUACGGUUUGUAAACGCAAUAGUGACCAGACUGAGCGGCCGUGGGAACCAGCCUUUCGGAAAAGCAGAUGGUUUAGGCGAGGGUGGACGCUUCAAGAACUCCUCGCUCCCCGAUCAGUAGAGUUCUUUUCACGAGAGGAAGAGCUCCUAGGUGAUAAGAAGAUGCUAGAGCAACAGAUUCACGAGAUAACAGGAAUCUCCAUCGCAGCUCUCCGCAACGCGCCUCUGUCUCAGUUCGGUGUAGAUGAGCGACUACGAUGGGCCGAGACUCGCAACACUCAAAAAGAAGAGGAUAAGGCUUAUUGUCUUCUGGGGAUUUUCAACGUCUUUAUGCCUCUUAUAUAUGGUGAGGGGGAGAAUGCUUUUGUCCGGUUAAAAGCUGAAAUCGAGAGGUCUUCAAGGGGAUCGCUGAAUCUACCCGAGACUGGAUUGGAGAAUAUUGGACGCAAGGAGGCUGCCAAACGUUCAGAGAUGAUUGCGGCGACAGAUAAGAGUGUGUCGAAUCUACAAGGAAUGGAAUGGUCAGCUGAGGUAGCCCAGUUGACCGCUUCAGCAGGCGAGCUUAUAGCAGAUUUUCUUGAUACCAGCUCUCUGGCGAAUGACUCUGCCUUAGAUCUGCCAAAUUCCUUGCAAUGGUUUUUCGAAACCCAGGAGUACGAGACUUUCGUUGCUAGCCAGGGUCAGACUUUCCUAUGCUACCUCUCCCGCCCAGGAAACGGCAAGACAGUCCUUGUACGACAUCUGUUGGCAAGUUUUAUGAGAACGGCGCCCUCCAAAAAACACCGAAAAGCAGUCUACAUCCCUUGCGAAAGGCUCACAGCUGGUCCCCAGAUUAUGAGAUCCAAUCAACCCGAGGCGGAGCACGCACCUUCGAGUUCUGGCCUUGAGCCCCGUGAACAGGGGAGGACUGUAGAGCGGCUAACUUCUCUGCGCGAAGAAGGAGCAGAAGAAGACGAAGACGAAGAAGAAGCAUCGGCUGAGCCAUCGAAGGAGCCGUCCCGUGGAGAUGGUGACCAGGGCAAAAUAUCGCAAAGGCAGGCAUAUCAGCCCGGUGAGCGCUUUGCACUUGAUGCAAGAAAAUACCGACAAAAGCUCCAACGCCUAGCACUUGAUCCAGUUGCCUCAAUAUUGAACAGUCUAGUAGGACAGCUGCUCUAUCAGGAUGAUUUUGCACUCGAUAUCCUUGAAAAAGCUGCGCAGUCUAUGAACAUGGACCUCCUGGCUCUUGGGAAGCUACUAAGUACUAGCAGUCCUACCCACACCAACCACAACGAUCAGCUCUGGAAAUUGUGCGGACGCAUAUUGGAGACGAUGCACCAGGCGGACUGUGAGCAGGAAAUUCUGGUGGCCUUCGAUGAAGUCGAGCAGAUUCCGUAUCGAGCGCGAGAAAGGUUCAUUCCUGCUCUGAGACACUUUGUUGCUAAGAUGCAUUCUAAAUCGAUCAAAAUACGCAUAUUCAUAGCGUCCAGACCCGUGAGAGACCUGAUGGAAAGCCUACAAGAUCUACUCAUGAUCGAUGAGAAGGCUGAAUUGAGAGGUUCGUCGCACAUGGACUGA